CGCCUUGUCUCUCUGAGAAUAGUCAGCCUAUCAGGGGGCUCCUCUCCCCAGCCUGUUCCCUGUGUGACGUGACGUGAGUCCGCCGGCUAUCUCAGGUCUUUCUCACACAUUACUAACUCUAGGUUGAACUCCCGUUACCGCCAACGCCGUUUUAAGGGCGUAUUUCGGUCAGGGAAGGAUUGGAUCUACCAAACCUAACUACACUAUUCACCUUCAGAGGCCAGCAGACUUGUUCACCUCACUUCCUGCGACACGUGGUCCUUCCACUAUCCCACUGGUUGCGGCCCCUAGAGUGAAGAACCAGUGAUUUUGUCCUCUAUUGUAAAGAUCUACCCUUCCAUCCAUCUGUCUGUCCGUCUGUCCAGCUCUUCUCUCCAUUCCUGCUCUCCCCCUUGUCUUCCCUCAUCCGGCACAGCUCAUGACAUCAGCGCAGUCAACAUGGCCUUCUCAUCACGCUUUUCCUUCUGGGAGCAAAAGGUCAAAGAAGAGGUCAGACCACCAGGCUCCAAGAUAUCAAAUCAGGGUUCAGACAGCGACAGUGGCAGUAUGAGUAGCCGCUCCCAGUCCGUGCCCAGUCUGGAGCCUGGCAGGGGCCUACUCCGCACCAAAAGCCCUGAGCCGGCCAAGACACAUCCCGGGGUCAGGGUCAGGAGUCCCUCGCCACCCAGGGUACGCAGGGACGUAAAGGUUCCUGAACGCUUCAAAAGUCUAGUGCCUCUGAUCCAGGCGCCAGCACAGCACUUCAGGAGCCCUGACCCACGCAGAGCUUCCAUAAUUAGCCCUGAGCCUGUGCUGAACGGGAACAGCAAGCCCAACGGAUCCGUUAACGUCAGUGAUGUCAAUGGGAACUCUGCCAAUGGCAGUACCAGACAUACAGACCUGGACAAUGAUGAUCCGAGCCUUACCCGCAAGAAGGUAGUGAAGGUGGUGCGUCAAGUGGUGCGGAAGGCACUAUCUGCAGAAGAGGAGGAUGCUCCAGCUCCUGAGCCUACCAAACCUGCCCCUGAACCUCCUAAAUUGGUGCCAUCAUCUGGGCCCAAGGUCCCAAAGGUACCACUGUUCUCUUUCAAGCACGAUACCAUCAAGACGGAGGAGAAGGACGAUAUAUCAGCAGGGCUGGCCAGCAUCAUGGUCCGCGGGAGGACCAGGAACCGCCCUCGCACACGCAUGGAUGAGCCACCUGAAAAAGGAAAAGAGGAAGCAGUGAAAAGAGAGGAAAAAGAAGGCCCUAAAUUGGUUGAGAUGAAAUCUAUCUCUAAUGUCGGCCCAGUUUCAAAACAGGAGGAUAAGACUCCUGUGUCGGCUGCACCUGCUAAAGUUCAUCCUAUGGCUUCUAAUUUGAUCUCGGUUCCCUCCAGGUCUUCCCACGCAGGCUUCAUCCCUGCUUCAAAGCCUUCCCCGCUCUCCCCUCCUGCAGGUUUCACCCCACCACCAAAAUCAGCCUCCCUUUCCCCACCUGCUGGGUUUGUACCAGCACCAAAAUCAUCCCCACUUUGCCAACCAAAUGGGUAUAUACCAGCACCAAAAUCAGCCCCCCUUUCCCCUCCAGUAGGGUUUGUACCAGCCCCAAAAUCUACUGCUGUUAGUCCUUCAGUUUCCACUGCAGCCCCCAAAUCCUCCCCAGCAAUUCCCCCAUCAUGCUUCAUCCCACCACCAAAAUGUCCCCCCCUUUCCCCUACAGCAGGGUUUGUACCAUCACCAAAAUCCAAUGCUUUUACUCCUUCAGUUUCCACUGCAGCCCCCAAAUCCUCCCCAGCCAUUCCCACAUCAUGCUUUAUCCCACCACUAAAAUCAGCCCCCAUUUCUCCACCUGCCGGGUUCAUAUCAGCAUCAACAUAUACCCCCCUUUCCCCACCUGCUGGUUUUAUCCCCUCUUCUAAAUACUCCCAUGUCACUCCCCCUUCAGCAUCCUUUCCCACCUCUAAGUCCUCCCCCAGUACUCCUCCUGCAGGGUUCGUCCCAGUCUCCAAGGUCUCGCCUCUCUCCCCUAGUCCUCCAAAGGCCUCGCCUCUCUCCCCUCCUCCCGCCUUUAUCAUUCCCAAAGCGAGUGCUCUGUCUCCACCACCGGUGUUGAUCCCGCCCCCCAAACUGCCAGCCGUGAAGAAGCCUGAGGUGGCAGCCUCUCCCCUGUCCUCUGUUCCCAUUGAGAAGGCUUCACCGCAGAACAAUUCAUCAACCGUUUCAUCAAAGACUACCCCAACCAUAACCCAAAAGGAGGCGCCGCUCAGUCCCACUGAAGAGGCUCAGAGACUCCUGGACAGGAUCUUCAGUGCGCCUCUGGAGCCGGCAGUUUGUGCCUCAGCCCCGACCCUUUCUCCUGCCCCAGCCCCAAACCCCCCUCAGGUACUGUGGCCCACAGGGGUCCCCUCUGGCGACCUGGUUGAAGUGUGUGCUCGUGUGGCAUGUUGGAAUGUAAGCCUAGAUUCCUCUUCUAACUUUCCCCUCUCUCACCCUGCCUGUCUAUGUAAGGUUCAUCUGUAAUGGUGCUUGGUGUUUUCCCUUCCUCAUUUGUUUUUGGAACAAAGCCGGUAUUAAACGAUGAUAGUGUCUAGAUGCCUCCAGGGCAAUCAAACAGACCUUGACCUGUAUGGAAACUGACAAACCAACCCAGUGCAUUUUUAGUUUUGUCAGUAGCAUGGCAGUGGAAUAGUCCCCUGAUUAAGAUGUGCCGCAUGUUUGUUUGCCCCGUGUGGUGUGCAGUCGCAGUGUUAGUGAAUGGCAGUGUGUGUGAUUUAUGACUGGCAGGUGUUCCUGUCCCGUUGCUCUCUCUGUCUCCCCUUUAUGACAUGAUGUGUCAUGAUGCAUUAGCUCAUCUCACAGACAUAGAGCCUGACCUCUCCUCAUUCUUUGCCAUCCCACAGUUUUUUCUUCCCAUCCCUCCCUGGUCUUGACCCUGAUAACUUACAUAAUGUACUCGUUACUUUAAAUGGUAAACACUGGCUUGAUGAUAUCUGAUAAUGUUUUCAAAUUUGUCUCAAAACUCUAAACAAAACUUCAGAGAAUAAUGAAGGAUGCGUUAGUUAAACAAGAUUCUCUGGUCUGAUGAAACCUAGAUUGAACUCUUUGGCCUGAAUGUCAAGUGUCACGUC